CCGCGUAAGCACCUGCUAGUACCAAGGUCGGUGUGCCACCUAUCUGUAUAGGUGGCACCUGCUUGGUUGCGUUCCUAUAAAUACCCAAACAAAUUCUCAUUUCAGAGAUAACGACCAAGGUCAUGCGGGCUAUGUCUAAGAAAAGAAAGGAAGCCGAGUUAACGGCAGGGGGAAUACGGGAUAAGGUACCGACAAAGCCGUUGAUAGUCAAUUUGGAGAGUCAGUUCAACCAGGCGGGACAGCAACAACCGUCAAGAAGCCGUGGCCAAGAGACCACACCAACCGAGCGCCAACUCACACAAGGCGCCCAGGUGGGAGAUUCAGGUUCUUAUCGGCAUGAGAUCUCUAGUGGCCCGGAAAGGCGGGCAGUCAGGGCAAUCAUUAGGCCUAGAAUAUCUCCGUUCACACAAGAGGUACUCGACCAGCAAAUGGAGAAAAUAAAGAUGUCGUCCUGUACGUAUGACGGUAAGGGGGAUCCAAAGCGGUAUGUGGUCGCGUUUGAAAGUCAUAUGUUGCUGUAUACAGACACCGAUGCUGUGUGGUGUAAAGUUUUCCCCACGACUCUUACCGGCGCAGCCUCGGAUUGGUUCUCCAACUUAGAGCCGGGAUCAAUUGACUGCAUUGAGACCCUGGCGGAGUUGUUCACAGGUCAGUACAUAAGUAAUAGUGCGAGACAAAGGACAUCUGGCGAGCUCAUGGCUAUUCAAAAACGAAAGGAUGAGUCGCUCAGAGAUUUCAUUAGACGCUUCAAUAAUGAAGCUAACACUAUACCGAAAUUGCAGCAAGAGAUUGCCGUGAUGGCAUUGAUGAAUUGGCUAGGUGACAACGACUUCAAAAAAUAUAUGUCGCGGAAAUGUUUCCCAAACUUAGGGGUAGCAUUUGCCAAAGCUCACGAAUACAUAAAAAGUGAGCAGCUGCUAAAAACGAGCCGUCAGAUAUCGUCGGCAGAGCCCUCCAGAAGGCAAGGUGAUAAUAGCUCGAAUUAACAGAUGGGUGGGGUAAGCAGGACGCUGCCGCAAGGCCAACAGCGAUCCGGAAGGCCGACAAGGGGAUUGGGUCGUUACAGUAGUUAUACGCAGUUAAACACCCCGAGAACGGCAAUAUAUUCAAUAAACCAGAAUAGAGAAGAUUGGAGUCGACCGGCACCGAUGAUAACGAAGGGUCGGGACGUGAAGAAGUAUUGCAUGUUUCACAGAGAUGUUGGUCAUUACACCGAAGAAUGUGUUCAACUAAAAGAGAACAUUGAGGAUCUUAUAAGGAAGGGACGAUUAUCCCAGUAUCGUACUCAGGCAGGUCCCAGCCGACAGCAAAAUUCACAGCCUAGGCAAACCGAGUACCGAAAGCAGGGGGAACAGUCAAUGUAAGAUGAUACUUACAGGCAGAAUCAUGCGGAAACGUUCAGACAGGGAGGUAAUCCGACAGGACGUAAAAUAACAAUCGACGUUAUCACGGGAGGGCCGGUAUACGGAGGUUCCGUAAGCGGGGCCAAGAAGAGUUUGUUGGAAUACCGACACCUAGUGAACGCUUUGAGCGUAGAAGAACGACCUCGGCCUUCUUCCAUGCUUUCGAUAUCUUUCACGGAGGAGGAUGCUAAGGGAAUAGUUUACCCUCAUGAUGAUCCGUUGGUGCUGAUACUGACGGUAAAUGGAGCAGAUAUCAAACGGACACUCGUUGACGGCGGGAGUUCCGCAAAUAUUCUAUUUGCUAGGGCUUUUGAUGCCAUGAGGAUUGGCCGAAAAUACUUGACGCCAGUGUCCUAUCCCGUGAUAGGCUUCAACGGAUCGACAGUACGACCUGAAGGUAGCAUUGUUCUUCAGGUUCGAAUGGGAGAGGGUCCGGCACUAAGAGAUGUCAUGGCAGAGUUUUUGGUGAUUGAUGUGCCAUCCGCUUACAACGCCAUUGUCGGUAGGCCUUUAAUUCAUGACGUGCAAGCUGUGGUGUCAACGUACCACUUAACCAUGGUAUAUGUAUCCAAC